UUGUAAUAGUGAGUGGCUGGGUGUGUUUGCUUUACAUAAAUUUUCGUAUUUUAUUACGGCAAAACUGCGAUAAUUUCCGUUUUUAUAAUGCCAGUGGAGUUGGAAUACAAUUAUGAUGCAGCCGUGGCCUCCUUGGAUUUUUUUUCACAGGAGGAUUUCAACAGUUUGAAGGAAUGGACUCAAAAGGCUGAUAAAACCAAAUACAUCCCUAAGGAUAUAACUGAUAAGCAAUUGUUAUUAUUUUAUAAUGCCUGCGACGGGGACGUUCCGAAAGUUAAGACUUGUAUAGAGAAAUAUUAUUACUGUCGGAAGAAUACUCCAGAUUUUUUCGACAAUCGCGCUGUUUAUUCGGAUGAAAUGAAGCCUAUGGCUGAAGCCUUAGAGUUUUCAAUACUACCUGGCAAGUCGUGUGAGGGCUACGAUAUCAUAUUCCACCGGCUUCGGUACACGGAGCCCUCUAAAUACCACUUUGAACUUGGCUGCAGAAUGCUAUUCAUGGCUGUCGAUGCGUGUUUGAGUCAACGCGGUCCCCAGCCCGGCGUGAUAUUCCUGUUUGACAUGCGGGGCGUCAAACUCGGCCAUCUAGCGCGGUGUGGAUUAUCGUCAAUCCGCAAGUUCUUCCAGUACCUCCAAGAGGCUCUGCCCCUGAAAAUGAGGGCCAUACACGUGAUGAACACGGAGCCGAUCAUUGACAAGCUGAUGAUGGUCAUCCGUCCUUUCAUGGAGAAGAAAUUCUUCGACAUGAUAAAAUUCCACGCCAAAGAGGAGGACUUGGAGAAGUUUUACGAGACUGUCAUACCCAGAUCCACAUUGCCGCCAGAUUAUGGCGGGAGUCUACCAGACACACAGAUAUUGCACGCGAGGUGUAUGCAGACCCUGCACUCCUUGGUGCCAUACUUCCAGGCUGAAGAGGCCCAGAGGAUAGCGGCUUUGCCUGACAAGAAAAGGGAAAAAAUGGAAAAGGCAUUCAAGAAUUUAGAUAUAGAUUAAUUGUAAACUGGGAGAAACAUUGCAUUUGAGUAAGUGAUUUGAUUUGAUAUUAUUUACGUAGAUUAAUCCUGUUGCACAUUUAUGUUUUGUAAAUAUCUAGCGGGAUAUUUAAAAAAAAAAUAGAAAAGACAUAUUUUAAUGCUACUAAAUACUACUUUUUUCGCUUAACUAGCAACAUUGAAAUCUAAAAGUCGAUUCUAUGACAAUUUUGAUUAAAUGUUACAAAGAGCUCUUUUAAAAUCCUGUUUUCUUAUCGCGUAUAUAUUUUACCCUUCAUAAGUUUUAUUAAACUUAUCUUAGAAGGACGAGUUCAUUGUAGAUGCUUCCAUAGGACUUUAUAAUUAAGAAGUAGUAUUUUAAGGUUUAGUUUCGUGAUACUUUUGGUACACGUAUAUGUUUGUCAUUAUGUCCUAAGGGGUAGACAGAGCCUCGGUUUGAUUAUGAAAAAUAAAGUAGUAUAAACUGAUCGUAUAGAAGGCAUUCGUAAGCCUGUUUGCUUGAUCGGUUUUUGCAUUAACUAAAGUAUAAAAAGGUCACAACAAUUAUUAAUAGAUGCAGCAUAAUAUAUUAUGUCUUAUCUGAUGCCACAAUACUUUCUAAAGCUUUGAAUAUUUUAUGAGUUAAAAAUGUUGAACAAACAGCUGUUAUAUAAAUCUUCUUGUUAUAUAUUUAGCUUCAAUUAAUAAAUGGAUGUGCAUGAAUAUGUAAAAAUAACCAUUAUCUUAAUAUUAUCAUGAAUGCACUUAAUUAAACCUAUAAUGGAUGUAUUAUAUAUAACUGUUUAUUAUAAAUUUAGAGGGGAUUAAUGUAAUUAUCUUAUUAUGAAGACUGGCUUGUCUUUAAGCUGAUAACUGCGACUAUCUUAUACACGAAUUCUAGAUAGUAACCCUUUAAAACGGAA